GACGUCUCUUCCUCGGUUCCUCCAUAUGGCAAAAUCCAACUAAUCCCCUGUCUCUCUGGCUUGUGUCUGAGCUCGAACCGAAAGAAGAAAGGAAUCAACCAUGUCUUUAGCUCCGACCAGUUAUCCAUUUCUGUAUUCUUCGCCUUCACUGCCAAGAACCCAGCAAAACCCUAGCUUGAUCACUCAACCCAGUAUCAUUUCAGCGAAAAGUCUCUUCCUUUCGAGCAAUUCGUCUGCUUUGUGCAAUACCCAUGUAGGAAAACGCUGGAACUUCGUUUUGAAGGCGUCAGAGACAGAGUCGUCUGCUAAAACUGAAGCAGGAGGAGGAGGAGGAGGAAAAGAGAAAGAUGGAGAAGGAAAUGAAGAAGAAGAGAAGUAUGAAACAUACGAAGUGGAGGUGGAGCAGCCUUAUGGUUUGAAAUUCCGGAAAGGAAGAGAUGGUGGGACUUACAUUGAUGCUAUCUUACCCGGUGGAUCAGCAGACAAAACCGGGAAAUUCUCUGUCGGCGACAGAGUUAUUGCCACAAGUGCAGUGUUUGGGACAGAGAUUUGGCCUGCAGCAGAGUACGGUAGGACAAUGUACACAAUCCGUCAGAGAAUUGGACCGUUGCUUAUGCAAAUGGAGAAGCGAUAUGGUAAGGUGGAUGAUUCUGGUGAGCUAACCGAGAAAGAGAUAAUAAGAGCCGAGAGAAAUGCCGGAUUCAUUAGCAGUAGAUUGAGAGAGAUUCAGAUGCAAAACUAUUUGAGGAAGAAAGAACAGAAAGCUCAACGGGAGAAAGAUCUUCGUGAAGGGCUGCAGUUUUCCAAGAAUGGUAAAUAUGAGGAAGCAUUGGAGAGGUUUGAGUCUGUGUUAGGUUCUAAACCAACACCAGAUGAAGCAUCAGUUGCAAGUUACAAUGUUGCUUGUUGCUACUCAAAGCUUAAUCAGGUUCAAGCUGGUCUCUCCGCUCUAGAAGAGGCAUUGAAGUCAGGAUAUGAAGAUUUCAAGAGAAUUCGAAGCGAUCCAGAUCUAGAAAACAUCAGGAAGUCGGAGGAUUUCGAUCCACUUAUGAAGCAAUUCGAUGAAUCUUUCAUCAACGAGAGUGCCAUUAACGCCAUCAAAUCCUUGUUUGGCUUUAACAAGAAAUAGUUCACCACCUAAAAAGUUUUAUGUCUUUCGAUGUAAUCUGUUCAUAGCUUCGCUUCUCUUCUUGGCUAUAUUACUUGUGAGGAACUGUAUCCAAUCUUGAAAGGUGUUCUUUUUACCUGUGAAUUUCUCUUACCAUUUUCAGUCAAUUUAUAUCUAUAUUUCUUUUGUACGAAAUGGACAUAAAUUGUCAAACAUUAUCCUUCUUUCAAUUAAAAACGGUCUCUUUAUACGACCGG